GGACAUCUGAUGUCGUGUAUGUCACCAGCAACCAAAGGAACAGAUGGAGUAUCAUUAACCCUGCAAAUGACUUCAAUGGCAGCAGGAUGCAUGAAAAUGGCGACAUAAUCCUAGUAUUUUUCCUAAAAAUGAACGAUAAGAUGACAUAAGUAAGCUUCCCUCUGCCGCAAUGACAGAAAGGCAGACUGAAAAUGGUGAGAACAUCAUAGUAUUUUUCCUAAAAAUACUCGAAACUGGAUGACAUAUGUUCUGCAGCUACCAGCCAAGAUAAUGUAACAAACCAUGAACUAAUGCUAUCCAAAAACCCCUAUAAAUUCACAUGCAAUUCGAUCCCUUCACUCCACACAUCAUUUCAGCAUCUUAGCACUUAACCAAAAAAAAAAUCAUCAAAAAUCCCAGUUGUAUUUUCAGCAUUUUUAGCAGCAUAAAAAAAAAAAUGAAGGGCUUCAUCGUGGCUAUGCUCGCGGUUCUUGCCGUGGUUCAGAUGAUGUCUGAACCGGCUCAGGCCGUUACUUGCCCGGAAGUCGCCGGGCAUUUGGCCCCGUGUGUUAAUUACUUGACCGCCGGAGGUAAGCCAGGGAGAGAGUGUUGCCAGGGUGUUGAGGACCUUAUUGCGUCGGUAAAGACUCAGGCGGACAAAAGGGCGGCUUGCAACUGUGUUAAGGCGGCGGCAACCACUUUACCGGUCAGGGAUGAAGCUGCUCAGGCUCUUCCAUCCCAAUGUGGCGUCACCUUGGAUAUCCCCAUCUCCAAGAAUGUCAACUGCGAAGCACUCUUCUAAGAUGGAUCCACACGGAAAGAUGGGGAGAAUAAGUAUGUCUGAAAGGAUGUUGUAUGCUAGAUUAUCUGCAGUUUCAAGUUAUCAAACCUUUUUAUUAUUGUAGUUUAUAGUAAUAAGAAGUUGUUUUUAAAUUUCUUCUAUGCUUGGUUGAAUAAUGUAAAGCUUUAUCGAGCUUGCUGUGAAAUAUAAAGCGGCAUUGCAAUUAAGAACUGAUCAGAGCUUAAAAGCUUUUUCUUCUAUUACUUUUCCGUUUCCA